AUGAGGGUCCCCAGCGAUGAGCAGCCGCGGCCCGGGAGCCCUUACCAUGGUCUUUCCCAGGGAGGGGGCCCGUCAGUGGGCGGCGGGCGCAGCUCGCCCCUGGCUCCGCCGGGAGGGCAUGGUCCCCUUGCGGCUGGGCUCAGCAAGGCCCCUGGGAAACACCUGCUGCGCCCUGGCGAGGCAGCGCCCCUGGCAGCGCCACCGCUGGGGCUCCCCCUCCACGGCGAGCUGGGCUCCGGGCUCCCCGCGGUCGCUCCCCGAGUCAGGAGCCCAGCUGCGGCGCCCGGCGGGGCGCAGGGGGGUCCCCCCGCCGGGGCAUCCCGCCGGGCACGGCUGGUCUCCGGGCGGCGCGGGACCCGCGAGCCGAGGAAGUCCCCGGGCGCGUUGAGCGAGGGCUGCAAGCGGCGGCUCUCCGGCCGACUCUUGACCGGCCCCGGGGCGCUGCUCCGGCGGGCUGUGUCCGCGGCCGGCCCCGGUGCGAGCGGCUCCUGCGCCCGCUUACGGCUCCGCGGCGGCUCGGCUGCUAUUUCUGCCCGCCGGGGCGGGGGCGGGGGCUGCCGCGCGGGAUUGGAGGAAGCGGCACCCGGGCGGGGACCCCUCCGUAUUUACCGUAAUGUCCCACCGAGGAGUCUCUGCGCCGCGGCGCUGGCUGCUCACCCCUGCCCCGCGCAGGUGGCGGGCGUAGACCAGCGACAGCAGCCGGCCGGUCACACCCUCCCCGGCGGCCCCUUGGCUGCUCAGGCUGCAAGUCCCCCCCGGCUCGGAUUUCACGCUCGGGGGCGCUGCAGCGGCCGGACAGAGCCGCCCAAGGCGGGGGAGGGAGUUGCCCACCUGCCAGCCGGGCGCUGGGGCGCAGGUUUCCGGGCAGGGGAAGGAAGGAGCAAAGGGAAGUAUGAACAGAGUAGAAGUGAGAGCAGGGAAAGGCAAAGCAGAGCUGCUGCGGGUAUUGCCUCUGAAGUCAGGCUGGAUCCGGAGCCCCGGCUCCAACCACCUCCUUCAACUCACUCUCGGGACCAGCUGCACGUCGCUGACCCUGGAGCAGGUUUCUACAGCAACUCCGAGAGAGGCAUUUUCUCCUCUUUCUGGUCACGGACUGGAAGACCAGUGCCCGCAACCCAUACUGGACCCUGCAAGCCCUUGGUUUCUCGAGCCCUGCACCUUAAAGCCACAUACACCUGAAGAGGAAAAACAUUCCUUCAUUCAAGAAGAUGACCCACCCCCUGGGAACGGCAGCUGAAGCCCCUCAAAGAAGGAAGGUUGCGCCUUGGAGCUUUUCCAACACCACCUUCCUCUCUGAUCUUGAGGGGGCCUGGGAAAUACAGUGGCACAGAAGGUGAAAAGCAAUAGUAACACAACGCUGAUCCGCAUCUGUAGGAGAUCCUGCCUGGAAUCGAGAUCUGAAUUCAGUGCCCCCUGUCUUGGUGUCCCACUGCCGGCCACCCCAGGGUAGAGCGGCAUGGGAACCUUCAGAACAGGUGCCAGCUGGGAACACUGCAGACCAUUCUAGCCUCCCUGCUCUGGGACAUAAAGAGCCCCUGCAAGCCUUGGGGCCCACUGGGCUGGCAUCGCUUUUACGGCAUUGGUACGGGAGGGAAAAUAGCAAAUAGCUGCUGGGCAAGUGCAAGUUUAAGUCCCUGAGUAGUUUAGCAUUUGCUUGAAGUGACUGAGAAAUAAUUUUAUUUUAGCCCGUUCUCAGUUGCUCAGACCUUCAACAGGUUCGUUUUGCACUGAGGUUUUUCACACCACUUUAAUUACCAAAGGAAGGACUCGGUGGUGUGAAAUGGAUGGUUUCACUUUCUUAAAAACUAAAGCCAGCAAUGUAUCAGUAAAAAAGUCUGCAAGCACCCUAGUUUACCAUCACAGAU